CUCACAGGAACGGCUCUGUGGCUCCCAGGAGGCGUCAGGCUGUAGAUAUAAAACUGACCAGCAGGGAUGAGAAGGUGGUGGACAUGAUGGGAAGAAGAACCGGUUUAGACUCUGAACUCAUGAAGAAACUGUUCCUCUGGUCCUCCAGAACGAUCCGUUACACUCUGACGCUUUUAGUUUGAGGUUCUCUGUCUCUAACGGGGCGGACUGAGGAAGAUGGUGGACUGAGAGGGAAGAGCAGGAAGGAAUGCAGGCGAAGGUGAGACGAGGCUUAGGGGGCCGACGGCAACAAAGGCUCAGCUGUUGAGGCGUUAAGACCUUCCACCUCUCAGCCAAUGGCUGCAGAGAUUAGUCCUGCUCAUCCAAUCCCUCCGGCUCCUCUUCGUCUUUCUUCAGGAGGCUGAAGGACGACGGCUAAAGUCUGGUUGUCCUGCUGCUGGCAGCGUCAGCCUCUGCGAACCUUUUCCCUCUGAAGCGUCAGGAUGAGUGACUCUCUGGAUCUUCACCAGAUCUCCUGUUCUCUGGGAGUCGGGGUGGAACACGACGUGGAGACGGCCCACGGCGUGCUGCACGUCACCAUGAGGGGCGUCGCUAAGGGCAACCGACCCACAAUCCUCACCUACCACGACGUGGGGCUGAACCAUAAGUCCUGCUUCAACACCCUGUUCAACUACGAGGACAUGCAGGAAGUGACCCAGCACUUCUCCGUGCUGCACGUCGAUGCUCCGGGACAGCAGGAGAACGCUCCUGUGUUCCCCGCCGGGUACCAGUACCCCACCAUGGACGAGCUGGCUGAGAUGCUGCCGUCCGUCCUCACACAGCUGCAGGUGAAGAGCGUGAUCGGUCUCGGAGUCGGCGCCGGAGCGUACAUCCUCGCCAAGCUGGCUCUGAAUGAGCCCAGCUUGGUGGACGGCUUGGUUCUGAUAGACGUCGACCCCUGCGCCAAAGGCUGGGUGGACUGGGCCGCCUCUAAGCUGAGCGGCUGGACCAGCAACCUGGUGGACCUCAUCAUGGGACACCACUUCAGCUCUGACGAGCUGACGGAGAACAAGGAGAUCGUCCAGACGUACAGACUCCACGUCUCUCAGGACAUCCCACAGGAGAACCUGCUCAUGUUCUACAGCAGCUAUGAGAGUCGUAGCGAGCUGCAGAUGGAGCGGCCCGUCCCCGGUCUGAACGAAAACACCGUCAGCACGCUCAGGUGUCCCGCUCUUCUCGUGGUCGGAGACACGUCACCUGCAGUUGACGCCGUGGUGGAGUGUAACUCCAGACUGAAUCCCACCAAGACCACCCUGCUGAAGAUGGCGGACUGUGGGGGGCUUCCUCAGGUGGUCCAGCCUGGAAAACUGGCCGAGGCCUUCAAGUACUUUGUCCAGGGGAUGGGCCACAUGCCCACGGCUGGUAUGACCCGCCUGGUCCGCUCCAGAACCCACUCGGCCUCCAGCGUGGGUUCCGCCGAGGGAGUCCGGAGCCGCAGCGGGCCGGAGGCCGCCGCCUGCUUCAGCCCGCAGAACCGGGCGGUACCGACCAUCGAGAUGACGUCAUAGGACUCCCGCAUGUAGAGGUUCUUCAGCUUUUCCUCCGGUGCCGGUUGGGUCCCAAACGGCACCGGUUCUGAGUUCUUCCCGAAGAAUCCAGACGUCUGAGAGUUUAGGCUUUAGAUGGGAGCGCUGUGGUGAUGGUUCUGUUCCUUCCCUAGCCUUUGAGCAACACGUUACGUCUUCAUGGAGUCCAGAGGCUGUUGUUCUGUGGUUCUGGUUUUCCUGGAUUAGAUGUUCUUCUUUCUUUCUUUGUGGUUCUGAUCCGAUAUAUUCAUCGUUAUUGAUUAUUCAGUUCUGACUUAUUGACAGGGACGUUUGGUGAAAACGGACCGGCUCGGUUCUGAGGUUUCCCAGAACUGGGUCCAGUCACCGAAACGCAUUCAUGGACUAAUAUUUGAUGGGAGGUCCGAUUCACGGCUGAACGCGGCACCAGAACCCCGAUUAGAUGCCGUUCCUGGGUCCAGUCCAGCUCAGGGUCCUACUGACCCAGUUAGAACUUCUGUCAUGUACCGAGUUUAAAAACGCUGGUUCUGCAGGCCAGGAUCCUUGGAUCAGCCUGGCCCGGUUUCCUCAGAAUCUCACCGGACCCGGUUUGUUAGCAUGCCGAGCCGUGGCCCGUAAACUGUGCCGUGGUUCCUGUGACUCUCAUGUUGUUCUGCAGAACCGGGCCCUGACCCACACGAAACCGUGUAGCGUCUCCCAGGCUGUUGGUGUCGGUCCGGUUUUCCCUGCCGUUUGGUUCUGAAGCAUGGCUAGCCCGUCACCCCGGGUCCAAUUGAUGUUUAUUUCUGUACAUUUGUAAUGAAAUAAAGCUGAUUCAUCAGAG